CCGGCCCCGCCCCGAUCCCAGCGGCCCCCGGACAAGAUGGCGGCGCCCAGGCUGUGGCGGCCUUGCGGCCGGGCGGCGGGGCUGUGGGGCGGCCAGCGCCGGGCCCCGCCGUCGCUCCCGUUCCGGCGGCGAGCCCACGAGCAGCCGCGGCGGGUCCGGGGUGCCGGGGGGCUGCUGGCGGCGCAGUGCGAGCGCGGCCUUUUCCAGGAGGUGUUCCCGGCGCAGAUCGCGGAGGAGCAGCUGCCGGAGCUGCUGGAGCCGGGCCGCCCGCCCCUCACCGCCUACUGCGGCUUCGACCCCACGGCCGACUCGCUGCACGUCGGGCACCUGCUGGCCGUCAUGGCCCUGCUCCACUUCCAGCGAGCCGGCCACAACGUGAUCGCCGUGGUGGGCGGGGCCACGGCGCGCCUGGGGGACCCCAGCGGCCGGGAGCGCGCGCGGGAGCCGCUGUCGGCGGAGCGGGUGCGGGCGCACGCGCGGGGUCUGCAGGCCGGCCUGGGGCGGCUGUUCGAGAACCACCGGGAGCUGUUCUGGGCGGCGGGCGGGCGGCCGCUGGGGCAGGCCGCGCUGCUGGACAACGCCAGCUGGCUGGGCCGGCAGCCGCUGCUCGACUUCCUCGGCGGGGCCGGCGGCCGGCUCCGCAUGGGCACGCUGCUCAGCCGGCAGAGCUGCCAGGCGCGGCUGCGCAGCCCCGAGGGCAUGAGCCUGGCCGAGUUCCUCUACCCGGCGCUGCAGGCCUACGACUUCCUCCACCUCCACCAGCACCACGGCUGCCGCAUCCAGCUGGGGGGCGCUGACCAGAUGGGCAACAUCAUGUCCGGCUACGAGCUCGUCACCAAGAUGACAGGAACAGAUGUGUUUGGAAUUACUGUACCUCUUAUUACCAGUACUACUGGAGAUAAACUGGGAAAGACUGCUGGCAAUGCAGUUUGGCUAAACAGGGAUAAGACUUCUCCAUUUGAGCUGUAUCAGUUUUUUGUCAGACAACAAGAUAACACAGUUGAAAAAUACCUGAAACUCUUCACCUUCCUUCCUCUUGAGGAGAUUGACCACAUCAUGGAAAUGCACGCUAAAGAACCUGAAAAAUGGGGCCCUCAGAAACGACUUGCUGCAGAAGUAACCAAGCUUGUUCAUGGUAGAGAAGGGCUAGAAUCUGCUAAGAGGUGCACUAAGGCCCUUUAUUACAGCAGCGUGGAGGCACUGGAAGCUAUGUCUGACCAGGAGUUAGAGGAACUUUUUAGACAAGCUCCUUCAGCUGAAUUGAUGCUUGAACCCGGAAUGAACGUUCUUGACUUGUGUCGCAAAGCAAAUGCCAUUCCAGAUGGACCUAGUGGGUACCAGAAAAUUACAAAUGGUGGAGUUUCAAUAAAUGGGAUUCGAGUAACUAAUCCUGAGGCUGUUCUUAUUCUUGGACAGCAUAUUCUCAAGAACGGAGUAUCAUUGCUUAGGAUUGGAAAGAAAAACUACUACAUUAUAAAAUGGCUUCAGUUGUGACAACAGAGUAUCUCUUGAAAACGACAGAUCAUUUUGACUCUGUUGCUCGAAGAUGUACUUGAAGAUGUUUCUAUACUGUGCAUUACUACGCAGCUCACAAACUGCCCAAUACUACAGUUUCAUUUUCAAAAUACACCAACAGAGUUCAAAUAAAGGCAGCUAAGUUAUACCACUGAAGAGAUUUUGUAGAUACUCUGCCUUAUUUAAAGCACCAUUCAUAAAAAGAUAUGCACAAGAAGAUGAAAAUAUUAAUUUCAAAGUCCAAAGAUGGAGAUUAUCUUCCCCCCCUUUAACAACCUUCUGUGUUGUAGGAGAACAGUGGCCAGGUACUCUACAGUAUAAGCCUCGGCAAGAUAAGCAAAAGCAUACUCAAAACCACUACUUCUUACAGAGGAUGUACGCUGCUGUCCAGUUUGACUUCAUCCUAACAGAGAAACCUGUGUAAGUGGGUAAGGACAACCAACCUAGGAUCAAUAUUUUUUUUCUCUGAACAGGUUUGCUUUGAAGGAAGACUCACAAUAAAUGAGUAUAAUGAUUAAGCCCUAAAACGUCAGCUUCUUACUGGUUAUGUAUGGGGGCAUGUUGCAUAAAAGCUUUCCAGCCUUAAUGUGGUAAUACAGAGCAAAUUCAUUUUUGAAAUUAAAGGCGUUAUACUCUCUUAUUAAGCUUAAA